CAAUAAAAAAAUAAGCAAAUAAUUGUGCAGUGGUUCAUUUCAGGCCCUCAGCGGGUCUCUUGGACUCACUAAGGUUCAAACUCUGAGACAUUCGCGUGCAGGUACCUACAGUGACCACGCCGGCUCCUGGACUGUGAAGUGGGGUUUCCUCUCGGAACACCCAGGGAGGCCAGUGCUCCAGGACCCCUUUCCUCUCAACAUCUUUUUACUCUGAAAUGCUAGUGAAUUCAUUAUCAACUCUGUGAUAAAAUUUUUGGGAAGAAAAAAAAAACACACAAAGUUUUCAGCAUCACGUGCGUGAUCCAAAAUACGUAAGGCAGCUCUGACCUGUCAAAACUGCAAUCGCGUGACCCCCAUAGAAAACGUGCGGCUUCCCCGGUGCCUGCAGAACUGACAGAAUGCUUCCUGUCCCCCAGGAUGGCGCCCCUGCGGUGGUGGCUGCUGUGGCUGCUGCUCCCGCUCAGCUCGUGGGCCCAGAAGCUGCCCACCCGCGACGAGGAGCUCUUCCAGAUGCAGGUCCGCGACAAGGCCUUCUUCCACGACUCCUCGGUGAUCCCGGACGGAGCUGAGGUCAGCAGUUACCUCUUCCGAGACACACCUAAGAGGUACUUCUUUGUGGUGGAAGAAGACAACACCCCGCUGUCAGUGACAGUGACGCCCUGCGACACGCCUCUGGAGUGGAAGCUGAGCCUGCAGGAGCUGCCAGAGGAGGCGAGCGGGCAGGGCUCAGGUGAGCCCGAGCCCUUGGAGCAGCAGAAGCAGCAGGUCACGAACGAGGACGGCACGGAGCUGUUCUCCUACAAGGGCAACGACGUGGAGUCCUUCGCGUCGUCCAGCUCCCCCUCCGGCUUGUACCGGCUGGAGCUCCUGUCCACAGAGAAGGACACGCACUUCAAAGUGUACGCCACCACGACACCAGAGUCCGACCAGCCCUACCCAGAGUUACCCUACGACCCCAGAGUGGACGUCACCUCCCUGGGACGCACCACGGUCACCCUGGCCUGGAAACCCAGCCCCACGGCCUCUCUGCUGAAGCAGCCCAUCCAGUACUGCGUGGUCAUCAACCGAGAGCACAACUUCAAAAGCCUCUGUGCGGUGGAGGCGAAGCUGAGCGUGGACGAUGCCUUCAUGGUGGCACCGAAACCGGGCCUGGACUUCAGCCCCUUCGACUUCGCCCACUUUGGAUUCCCUCCGGAGAAGCCGGGCAAAGAACGCAGCUUCCUGGCCAAGCCGCCGGCAAAGCUGGGCCGCCCCGUCUACCCGCGGCCCAGGGCCGACAUCCAGAAGAUCUGCAUAGGAAACAAGAACAUCUUCACCGUCUCGGACCUCAAGCCCGACACGCAGUACUACUUCGAUGUCUUCGUGGCCAACAGCCGCAACAACAUGAGCACCGCCUACGUGGGCACCUUCGCCAGGACCAGGGAGGAGGCCAAGCAGAAGACGGUGGAGCUGAAGGACGGGAAAGUGACGGACGUCUUUGUGAAAAGGAAGGGAGCCAAGUUUCUGCGGUUCGCUCCCGUCUCCUCUCACCAGAAAGUCACCUUCUUUGUCCACUCUUGUCUGGACGCUGUGCAGAUCCAGGUGAGAAGGGAUGGGAAACUGAUUCUGUCCCAGAACGUGGAAGGCAUCCGGCAGUUCCUGCUCAGGGGAAAGCCCAAGGCCAAGUACCUCAUCCGGCUGAAGGGAAACAAGAAGGGAGCGUCGAUGCUGAAAAUCCUGGCGAGCACGCGGCCCGGCAAGCACGCCUUCCCCUCCCUGCCCGAGGACACGCGGAUCAAAGCCUUCGACAAGCUCCGCACCUGCUCGUCCGCCACCGUGGCCUGGCUGGGCACCCAGGAGAGGAACAAGUUCUGCAUCUACAAGAAGGAGGUGGGUGACAGCUACAGUGACGACCAGAAGAAAAGGGAACAGAACCAGUGUCUGGGGCCAGAUACAAGGAAGAAAUCAGAGAAGGUCCUGUGCAAGUACUUCCACAGCCAGAACCUGCAGAAAGCGGUGACCACAGAGACUAUCAAGGGUCUUCAGCCUGGCAAAGCUUACCUGCUGGACGUUUACGCCAUAGGACACGGCGGGCACUCUGUGAAGUACCAGAGUAAAGUCGUGAAGACCAGGAAGUUCUGUUAGUGACCCGGCGGGCAGGUGCGGCCGCGGGACUCGGGGGCCACCGCAGGCGCUCCGCAGCUGGGAGAAGGCGCGCCUGUGCCUGGCGGGGAAGGAAGGCCUCGGCGCGUUUGUGGAUGCUGGCGCAGUCACUGCUGGAGGGGACGUGUUCUCGUGGGCCCCGAGGUGCCUGCUGUGCUGACGUCACAGAUGGGACAUCCUGAAGGAACUGCCACCCCUUGCUUUGACCACUGCAUGAACUGCUCCUAAAUUAUUUUAUUACCUAAAAGUUUAAAAUAUGCCGUUCAUUGCACACAUCCACAAAAUGCAAGUCAUCCCUCUCUAUAGAUGCUAGGAUAUAUCUAUAUAAAUUAUUUUAUAAAGUCUUGUUUUAAAUGUCAGUGUUUCUAUGAUCGUAAACUAUUAAAGUCUCUUCCUGUUAAAUACAGAUCUAAUCUAAGCGUAUGAAGUGGACAGCCCUCUAGUCAGUAUAUUGUAAAUUCUUAUCUGUUGGGUAAAGUGUUUAAAUGCUGUAUGUAUCUCAUGUACAGAGUUGACACAUUAUAUUCGUGUACAUAAAAUUAAAGAUAUUAGAUUAUAUUCUUCUCAUUCUCCCAAGCAGCUA